AUGAAUGACCUGUUUAUCGCUUUAGACAAACUUUUGCUAGAACUGGUUUUCCAGUCUGAGCAAGAUUCAAAUGCUAAGGCAGAGGCAAAGCAACAGAUUGUUUUAUUCUAUAAAAAUAUAAAGGAAAAAAAGAAGAGUAUUUUUUCUCUACGUGACAAAAUAAACUCAAUUGAUAAUGAAAUUGCUCAUUGCCGUAAGCACAACAAAUAUGUGAAGGAAAACUGUACCAACUGGAUGCCAACAUAUGAUAUUCUUCAUAAACAUGAAGUUUGUUUGGAGGACCAAUUUCAGAAUGACCAGGAAACUACUGAAAAAGACAAAAAAGUAUAUCAUGAUCAGAUGAGACAAUGCAAAGAUGUCUUGAAGCAUUACCAGCUACAGUUUUCAGAAGCUCCUCUUGCUCAAAAGUAUUACAAGGAUAAAACACAAGUGGAAGAACUUAAAAAACAAAUAUUAGCAUGUAAUGAACAAUGUACAAUUAAGGAAACUGUUCUUCUGGAACUUUCAGUGCCUGCUCCUUUUAAAUCACUUUCUCAAUGGGCAUUACAAAUUGUUCAUUUGAGAAUUAAAACUCAAGACUUCCUUAAAUGUGCUUCAACUUUGAUCCACAAAGCAUCUAAACUGAAAGAAGAAACAGAAGAAAUGGAAAGAAAUCAGGAGAUUGAAAGAAUUUCUGAAGCUAAAAACCUUCUGGAAGUCCUAGAAGAAAAAAAUAAAGAAUUAGAAAAAACAAAAGAAUUUAAAGGAAGAAUUUUUGAAGAACAUGGACAUUUUCGUGUAUUAAAUGAGAAUCCUCAAAGUAGUCAACUUUUUCUUCCUUAUAAUUAUCAGAACUUAGUAAGACCUGUAAGGAAUGAUAGACAUUUCUCAGAACCAGGAGGAACAGAUAAAAAAGAAGAAGGUUCAUCAAGUCAUUCAACACUUGCUAGGAUUGACUUCAGACCAGAGAGAAAGGAAAUACUGGAAUUUGAUGUCUCUGUGAUGAAUAAAUAUUCUCAAGUUUCAGCUCAUAAAAGUACGCAAAACUUGAUGCAAUUCAGAUUAUCGUGUCUUGAGAAACAAUCAAACUAUAAGCAAACUUUUGAUAAAGGAAAUACAGACUAUGAGUAUGGAAAAAAGGAAACUGAAAGAGAAUUAAAAGAUUCAGCAGUUCUACCACAAGACAACCACACAGAACACAUGGACAAAUUAGUAGAGGUUAGUCAUGAUGAAACUGAAGAAAACACUGAAAAAUUUCCAAGCACUCCUGAAAUGCCUCCAUUUUUAAGAACUCCUGAAUUUUUGAGAACACCUGAAUGUGUGGAGAAACUAGAAUUUUCUAAAAGUCCUUCAUCUGAACUGCUUAGAAAUAUAGGAUUUGAAGGCAAAACACAAAGGACACCACAGACAUUUUCUUUUCUUAUGGGUUCUUCUAUAUCACCUGGAUUUAAUUUAUUUGAGUCUUCUGAAUUUGGAAAUGAAAACUUACCAGAUCAGUUUGAUGAAAAUUAUUCUUCUGGAAAUUUAAAUCCUGUAUCCUCACAAAAAGAUAUUGGAGGCUUAUUUGGAAAAUUGGAAGGAGAAGAUACUUUUACAUUCCCGUUUUCAUCAGAACCUUCAACUCAUACAUUUGGAGAUGGAAGAGAUGAUUUUAGUUUUUCAUUUUCAUUUGAACAGGAUCAACGCUCAUCACAUUCUUCUUCAAACAGUUUUCCAUCUUCACAAAAUACAAAACAGUUUACCUUUUUUUGA